AUGAGUCCAAUUUUAAAGGAUCCUCAUUUAUAUCAAUGGGAUCUAUUAUUUCAACACCUAAUUCUUCUAAUUGUUGCUGGAAUAGAGAUUAAACCAUAUGCUACAAGUUAUUGUCCAAGAAUUAAAUAUGGUAGAGAAUACUCAUACAAGUUAGACUGUAGAGAAAUUAUUGAAAAAAUGCAAGAGAACCUAGAAAAAUCAAUUGAGGAUGAAUUGGCAACUUUGGACUCUGCUCAUACAGAUCAAUUUUUAGAAGAAUCUUUCCCAGCAAAAGCCCCUCUUACUACUAAUUCUACUAAUUCAAUUCUUGAACUAGAAAAUGAUGAUGAUGCUGACCAAUCUUUAAACUCGCCUGCUGAAUGCAGUAAAUCUUCUGCACCUAUCACUAAAAAAGUCCUGCCUCCUAUUCCCCCAAAACCGAUCAAACUUCAAGUAAAAAAAGAGUCAAUUCCUGAACCAAUUUCUGAGUCAGUUCCUGAACCCGCUAAUCUUGAAUUAGAAGGUCCAGAGUUACAUCCACAAAUAGAUGAGGAUGAAUUCUGGAGUGCCAUAUUAUCUGAAAUUAAUAUUCCUGAACCAAUUUCUGAGCCAGAAAUUAUUGAUUCAACUCCAGAACCAACUUCUGAACCUAUUGUCUAUAUGGAUAAAAAACUUGAAGAAUUAUAUCAGGGCAUAAAAGCUAAUUGGGAAGAAUGUGGUAAUGAUCCUGAAGAUUUUGAUUGGGGUUACAGAGACCUAUUAAAUCAUCAGAAUUCACAUACAUAUUCAUGUUCUCAUCCUAUUGAUGAGGAAAUUGCAUCGAAAAUUUAUGAAUAUUACUAUGAAAAAAGAGGCCAACUAUAUGUACCUCCUCCUAAAAAUUAUAGAACCACCUUAAUUAUUAAACCAGGAUCAUCCAUUAAUGAAAAGGAAUGUGCACUAACCAAUGGGGAAAAGUUCAUUGGCAGUAAUUUCUCCAGAAAAAGAAUCAAUCACAAAAUAGAAAAAAUUAGAACCAGGAUUCCAAAUCAUCAAUUUCAAGUACUUCUUCCCUAUGAGAAUUACAAACCUGGCUCAUGGUUUGAAGAUGGAGAAGAUAUAUCAUUAUUUUCACUACUAGAUCAUUAUGAUGAAUUGCAAUUUCCAGAAGGUGGAGGAGAUCCUGUAACUUAUAAUCAAUUUAUUGUAUACAUGAUGGAUCCUCCCACAUUAGCUGGUGGUUGUAAUGCAUGGAGUGCACUUUCUUCAAAAGAUCCAAAAAGGGAUAGUGGAUUAAAUGAAUGUCUCUAUCAAUGUUUAUAUUACACUUAUGGAACAUUCUCAAAUCUCCCAAGAACUAUUGAAAAGCCGGAUAUUCUUAAACAAACUUUGGGACUAGAAAGAUGCAAUCCUAUUCCAGUACAUCUUAUUGAAAAAGUAGAAAAAUUAGCCAAGUCUAUUGCCAUUAACAUAAAGCCUUUAAUAUAUCAAGAGGAUGGAGUAAAUAACAUUGUAAAAAUAUUUAAUGGGGAAUCCAUACACCCCAUUACUGUUACAGAAUUACAAAAAUUACAAUCUAAAUCUCUCUAUAGGAAAUACUGUUAUAUUCCAGUUGCUAAAGAUGAAACACUAGAAAAUGCUUAUUCCAGAAUUCAUGAAGAAUGA